AUGUACAAGUCUAUCGUGGAUAAUGCCAAUUCAAAAACUACUCAUAGAAUAACGCGAAUUAGAUUCCCAUUGUCUAUUCUACUCCUUAUCGCUGUCGUCCUUGGUUUGCAGCUUGUCAUUCUCCCCCGAUACAUAUAUCAAUUAUCUCCAGCAGCUACAAAGCUCUCAGAUCAUUACAUAUCUCAGCUUGAAGUGGGAUAUUCUAAAUGUCUAGAUCUACAUACAUUGCCCAAAGAAUACUCGCAUUCGGAAAUCACGUCACGAAAGAAUCCUCGCUGGAACUCUAUUCGUGGUCAGAAUCAGACCAUAGUUUUGAAGAAUGCAACUCUCUUCGAUGGGAAAGCUCUUCUUAGUGACUUCGUGGAUAUAACGUUCGAGAAUGGGCUCAUCAAGUCCGUAUCGACAGCUACCAAAUCCAUCAAUCAUGAUUCCAAUAUUCAAAUUGUCGACCUCAAAGGUAAAUAUGUUACACCAGGUCUUGUCGACAUGCAUUCACAUCAUUUCUUGCACGCGUGGCCUGAACUCUCUGUGACAGGCGAUGAGAAUGAAGUUCAUAUGGGUCCUCUUACCCCAUUCGUUCGUGCAAUUGAUUCUAUCAAGACGGAUGACAAGGCAACUGCUAUAAUCGCUUCAGGCGGUAUCACAACUUCCCUUCUCAUCCCUGGCUCGGCAAACAUUAUAGGUGGUGAAGGAAUUCUUGUCAAAAACUUCGUUCCGGGUGGUGAAACUGGUGAAGAAGUAGUUGAAGAAGUCUUAUUUGAACAUGGUGUACCUAUCGAGGAGAGGAGAAGAUACAUGAAGAUGGCGUGCGGCGAGAAUCCUACAACUGUCUAUGAUCAUACCCGAAUGGGUAAUGCUUGGUUAUUUAGAAAGCAAAUGACACGAGGAAAGGAGCUAAUUGAAAAGCAAGAUUCUUGGUGCUUAUCAGCUGCUGCGGCGUUGGGAAGCAGAGAUUCUGCCACCAUUUCAGCCUUCGUGAAGAACGGUGGUUUACCGGAAGAAUUAGAAUUAGAAUCUACGGUAGCAUUGUUGCGAGGUAAAGUUGGAGUCAACAUACAUUGUUAUGAACCUGAGGAUCUUGAAGACAUGAUCCAUCAUAGUAAGGAAUUUGGAUUUCGAAUUCAAGCGUUUCACCACGCCCUUUCAGCCUGGAAAGUGCCCGAGUUGAUCAAGAGUAGUGGAGAGAAUAUUACCAUUGCGACCUUUUCCGAAUUCGGAUUUUACAAAAAGGAAGCUUACGAUGCCAACUUAUGGGGUGGGAGUAUUCUAGCUGAGCAUGGAGUUCCUGUUGCAUACAAAUCCGAUCACGUUUUCGAGUUUACCAAUGCACAAUACUUAAUGUUCCAAGCCGCGACUGCACAUUCUUUCAAUCUCUCCGAAGCUCUUGCUUUGCAAUCUGUAACUAGUGUGCCUGCAAAGUCGUUAGGAAUUGACUACCGGGUCGGGUAUGCACGUCCUGGUUAUGAUGCAGACCUUGUAGUGUGGGAUUCCCAUCCGCUUCUCGCUGGAUCUACACCUUUACAGGUUUACAUUGAUGGAAAGGCUACUCUGGACCCUGUCAAAGUCGCAGAAAAUACAGCUGAACAUUCUAUCGAACGCACUUUAAUGAAACCAAGAUCACGAACUACUCGGAUAUUGAAACAAAGUUCAUGUAGCAAAUUAAACAACUCGGGUCAAAUUAUUGCUGUUACUGGAAUUAAACAAAGCUAUUUGACGCUAAAUCAGGAUGUCCCAUCAGAAGCGAGUAACUUCACGAUGGUUUUGGAUGGUGGCAAAGCUGUCUGUCUAGGCUUGGAGCAAGAAUGUGCUACUUUACUCCGUGAAGACGCGACUAUCAUUGAGCUCGAGGAAGGUGUUGUAAUGCCAGGGCUCACUGCAUACUCACCGAGUCUAGGCUUGGCAGAAAUCCUCGGAGCUUCUGAAACCUCAGAUGGCUCUCUUGACAAGAGUCUGGCUCUGUUGGAGCCAGAUAAUAUUAUCCACGCCAAGUACGGCAUCCAUCUGGAUGGACGUGGAUUUGCUAGGGCAAGACUUGGUGGUGUUACCCAAGUAAUCACUACACCAAUUUCUGAGACAUUCUUUGGUGGUGUGAGCACGGGCAUCAAAACUAAUGGUAAAAACAACAUCCUCAACGGUGGCAUCUUCCAGGACGAUGUUGCUUUACACUUUUCAGUCGGUCAGAUGGCUAAACAAUUUGAAACCAUACCCACAGUAUCAUCCGCUAUAGCAAAACUGCAAGAUGUUUUGAUCAAGAACAUUGGCAAAGAUAACGUGUUCGGCACUGUUGCAAAUGGAUCAUUUCCAUUAGUGGUACAUGUGGAUAAUGAAUAUGAUAUUCUCCAGCUCAUCAAACUAAAGAACAACCAUCCAUUGCCCCUCAAUCUUGUUCUUCUAGGUGGAGCGGGCGCUCAUCUCGUAGCUGAAGAAAUUGCAAAAUCCAAAACACCAUUCAUCCUGACCCGAAAUCGCGGUGCUCCAGAUACAUACGAGAAACGCAACGCACUCUCUGGUCCUCCGCUAACACGUUCUCCUGCUGCAGUUCUUACCGACGCAGGUGUGUUUUUUGCAUUGGCAAUUGAAGGCGAAGGCAGCGAAUCACAUAUCCACAAUCUCGCGAUUGAAGCAGGUUGGGCAGCUAAAUAUUCCAGCCUCACAAAACGCGAGGCUGUCGACUUGGUUUCUCGUAAUAUUGAGAAAAUUCUAGAUCUGAAAGUUACAGAAGAAACUAGAGAUUUCGUGAUUUGGGAGGGAGAUCCAUUACAAUUGGGGGCAAGUGUUGUAUUUAGUAUAGAGGGCGGAAAGUUGGGAACAUGUUUGCCCUUGUCGAAUUGA